AUCGCGGAUUCUUUCUUUCGGGAAAGCACUAUAAUAGUAAUAGUAAUAAUAAUAAAUAAUAAUACUGCUCUUGCGCGCACGCACGCACAUAUGCAUGCACGUACAUUCGUACACACGAAUAACACGGUCCAUUAUCUAUAACAUAGUAUUGUCCCACGUUUCUUUUAUUUUGUUUUCGUUCGGUUUACGAUUUUUUCCCGUGCGGUACGGUCGCUGCAACCGCGUGAGAACCGAUCGUCAUCGUCAACUCAUUAACGUAACAUGGGUAUCGUCGCGCAACGGCGACAACAGCACGCACACCGCAGCGGACCGUAGACGGUAGAACGCGUACGCACCGCCUCGUCGUUCUUGUCGCACUCUGCACGCCCGUCGUUGUCGCAGCAACUCGGCCGUUCGUACGUCGCCCGCCGCGCGCCAUCCGUCCCGCGUCGUCUCCGACUGGACAUGGUCCGUGGCCGACCGGUCGGCACUCACAGAUCCCGCCCGAUCGCGGUGUCCAGCGCCGUACCAGCCGCUCGCCAGCAGUGGUCAGCAGACCGUAGGUGAUCGUUUUUCUUUCCGCCACCGACAGAUCCAUCGACCAUGGCCUGUCUGAACGUAUUGAAACAAGAGAUCAAAGUGAUCGAGGCGACGUUCCCUAAGGACCACGACCGGUUCCAGGUGCACUUGGCCACUGUCGACGAGGUGAUAUGCAAGUUUGUCGGACCCACAGGUCGCCAGUUCGAGAUCAUUGGUAACAUCACGGAAACAUAUCCCAGUACUCCGCCUGUCUGGUUUGCAGACACUGACGAUAGUAAAGUGACCAAUGCCAUCGAAAAACUUGGUGAGACCACAGGUCACAAUAAUCAUGUAAUCAACCAAGUUGGAAUAUUGAUUAGUGAACUUUGCCGUACAUAUUGCUUAUCUGAACCGUCCGAGCUACAAAGACUGAUACAAAUGCCCUCCAGUUCUGGGGCAUCAACCUCUACCUCUUGUUCAAGUAAACUUACAGAUGAAGAAGAUGAUGAUGAUGAUGAAGAAGAAGAAGUUGAAGAGUAUAUUCAACUUGAAAUGGAAGAGCCUAUUCCAGAAUCUACUAAAAAACAAGUUGAUGACAUGGAAAUUCAACACUUGGAAACAUUGGAAAGAUUACGUCAGAAUCAGCGUCAGGAUUACUUAAAAGGAGCUGUAACAGGAUCUGUUCAAGCUACUGACCGUUUGAUGAAGGAGCUUAGAGAUAUAUACAGAUCAGAUAGUUUUAAAAAAGGAAUGUACAGUGUAGAACUUGUCUGUGACAGCAUUUAUGAGUGGAAUAUAAAACUUAUGACAGUUGAUCCAGAUUCUGCUCUAUAUCAUGAUUUACAAAAAUUGAAGGAGAAAGAAGGAAAAGACUUUGUGCUAUUAAAUAUAACAUUCAAAGAGACAUAUCCCUUUGAACCACCAUUUGUACGUGUAGUCCAUCCUAUUAUUCAAGGUGGCUAUGUCCUAGUUGGUGGAGCAAUUUGUAUGGAACUACUAACCAAACAGGGAUGGAGCUCAGCAUACACAGUAGAAGCAGUGAUUAUGCAAAUUGCAGCUACUUUGGUGAAAGGAAAAGCCAGGAUCCAAUUUGGUGUGCCAAAAACAAUGAACCAGGUAUCACAUGGGACAUAUGCAGUAGGUCAGUAUUCAUUAGCCAGAGCACAGCAAUCAUUUAAAUCUCUUGUGCAAAUACAUGAAAAAAAUGGUUGGUUUACCCCCCCUAAAGAAGAUGGUUAAGUUCUAAAAGCCUUUGCACUACCUGAAUUUUUCAUUCCUUAAAAAAUAAAUAUAUCAAAUUAUAUGUAUCAUUUGUAAAAAGAGUACGUAUUUCUCCUUUACAGUAUGAAUUGUACGUUAAUUAUUUUGCUAAGCUACUUUGUAUGAUUGUAGAAAAUAAAACUUUUAUACACAUCAAUUUGGUAAACUAAUUAUAUACAAGUUCAACUGUCCAGUCCUUCCGCCUGGACUUAAAAGUCCGUGACAUAAUUAAACUAUCACAAGUCAAACUUGUAUAGUUAUUGGUUUAAUUUGGUUGUAUUUUAAGUAUUGAUAUAUUUUUUUUUUUUGUAUUUAAAUUAAAUUUAAAGUUCAACUAUGUUCAUAUAUUUAUUUUACUGUGAUUACUUUUCAUGUUUUUAACAAGGAUUUUGAUUUUUUUUUUUUAUUUACCAAUAAAUGACAUGGAAUGUGUUACUGAA